AUGUCUGCCCAAAUGGAAUAUGUCCGCCUCGGCAAUUCUGGUCUGAAAGUUUCCAGAAUUAUCCUGGGUACGAUGGGAUUUGGAACCAAGCAAUGGCAGGAUUGGGUUAUGGAUGAGGAGGAGUCCCUCCCUCUAAUUGAACAUGCUUAUAAGCAGGGUAUCAACACUUGGGACACAGCUGAUGUGUACUCUCAUGGCCGCUCUGAGGAGAUCGUGGGCAAGGCUUUGAAGAAAUACAACAUUCCCCGCAACCGUGUCGUUAUCUUGUCCAAGUGUUUCUGGGGCGUUAAUGACGAGGGCGACUACCCCGCUCUCAGCGAAACAGUCCGCAACGAUGGCCCCUAUGUUAAUCGUGCCGGUCUAUCUCGUAAGCACAUCUUCGACGCGGUCGAUGCCAGCGUCGAGCGUCUAGGCACAUACAUCGACGUGCUGCAGAUCCACCGCCUGGACCGCGAGACACCCCGCGAGGAGAUCAUGAGGGCCCUUAACGAUGUCGUUGAAAGUGGCAAGGUCCGCUACCUCGGCGCUAGUACGAUGGCUGCGUGGGAGUUCCAAACCCUGCAAAAUAUCGCCGCCCGCAAUGGUUGGCACAAGUUCAUUUCCAUGCAAAACUACCAUAAUCUGAUCGCCCGCGAAGAAGAGCGCGAGAUGAUUCCCUACUGCCUUGACAGUGGUGUUUCUCUGAUUCCAUGGUCUCCAAUGGCGCGAGGCGUACUGACCCGGCCCUGGAACUCGCGGUCGACUGUUCGUGAAGGUAGCGAUGCUACUCUUAAGGGAAUUGUCCGCAAUCGUGAAACAGAGGCCGACAAGGCUAUUAUUGAACGUGUUGAAGAGCUGGCGGGCAAGAAGGGUGUUAGCAUGGCUCAGAUUGCUCUUGCUUGGUCGCUCAGCCACCCUAGCGAGAGCCCUAUUGUUGGCUUGAGCAGCAUUAAGCGUAUUGAUGAAGCGGUAGCCAGUCUACAGGUUAAGUUGACACCUGAAGAGAUCAAGUAUCUGGAAGAACCCUAUGUCCCAAAGGCUGCCUUUCCUAUGUAA